AUGGAUUUAGAUUCUGAAGAAUUAUCUACAAACCUGAACCCCAAAUCAUCAUCUAAUGAUUUAAAUAAUUUUGAAACUCACAAUUAUCCUUCUAAUAAAAAAAUAACAUAUAAAAAACAUAAUAAAUAUUAUCUUUAUGAAAUUAUUAAAGAAGGAAUUUAUCCUGAAACUUUAAAAUAUACUAAAUCUAAUGGAAAAGGAGAUACCUGUCCUAUACCCAAUGAAUACUUGGUUGAAACCGAAUUUGGGAGAACAACUAAAUAUAAAUUUCAAUGUAGUAUUAGAUAUUAUAACAACAAUCCUAUAUAUUAUUUGAAUUGGAAAGAUGGUGAAGGAAAAAUUCAUCAAGUUACUUCUCAAAAGUCUUCAACAGAUGCAGCUCAAAAAUAUUUUCAGGCAAAUGAUAAAAAUACUACAAACAUGUCUGGAAUAUUGUUAUUUGGGCUUCAACUUCAAUGUGUACAUAACCAACAUAUUCAUAAACAGAAUAAAAAUAAAAAGAAUAAACUUAUCUCUUUUGAAGAAGCUAAAGAUACUACAUGUAGAUAUCGUUUAAAAAGUCUUGGAAACCAAUUUUUGGAUGAUUUUAAUAAAUCAUCUAAUUCCAUUUUAAACUCCAAUUCAAGUGAAAUUGUUGGGAUUACAUUAAAAAUCAAUGAUCAACUAUACCAACUUUGUUUUAAAGAAGAUGAGGGUGAAAAAAAAUUACAUGCUGAAGCAGUGGCUCAACAACUUGAUGUUCAUAACAUUUCACAGGCUGGAUAUCGUAGCUUAGCUAGAAUUGAAUCAAAUUUACCAAGAGAAAAUAUGGUAUCAAAUGUAAAGAAAGAAAUAACUAACUUGAUGAAUAAUGAAAUUCCAAUAGUUCCUUUAAAUCUUGAUUUUCAAAAUAAUGAUGUUGAAAUUAGAAAUGAAAUAAUAAAUUCUCAAGAUCAAGGUGGAUAUCGAAGCAUAAAAAAAGUCUGGAGGUUGUUGGCAGUUGGUGUGAUUGGUGGUGAUCACAGAGCAAUUGGUGGUGGUGAGACAACAGGUGGUGGUGGAGUAGCAAUUUGUAGUGGUGGGGCAACUG